GAUAAGUAGAAUAGGUCCGUUGGCUGCACCGGUGCAAAUGCUUUGGACAGGUGCCCCGAUCGCACUGACUGCAUGCAAUCUCGGUCUUGUCCUUUGUAUAGUCCAGCGACGUUCGUUAUUUGCAGGGCAUCGUCGAAAGCUGACCGACGCGGCAUGCGACGUCAUCAUCCGUGGGUGGAGGCAUCGGACGUCGCGGAAGACUGGAAACCGUAGUCUUCAAUCUGGAACAUAUCGGCGGAGCGUUUCGCUGUACAUCGAAUCAAAGACUCACAAGAGGCAGUUGUUUACCCUUGUCCGACAGCCGAGUGGAGACACUCGGUGGCUGCUACUACAGCAAGCAGCAGGCUGCUGGAUUGCAUAACAUCACAGGGCUAGCAUAUAAGCAAUCAAAAUCAAACACAUCAGGCCUAUUGCGGAGGUGAUCAGCGGGGCGACGAAGGUCACGUUUUAUUCCAGGGUACCCCUGUGGAUAAAGACUGCUGACAUUCAAUUCAUUUCAGCCACUCGGAGUCGGGAUCAUUCCGAGCUCGCAUUGCUGUCAUCGUCCUCAGCUUCUGCCAGAACCACUGGUGCACACGGCAGCCGCACCUACAACUACAAAACUCUCGACAUAUCAAGUUCGCGUUUGUGGUGGACUGUGUAUUUAGAGUGCCUGUUGCUGAAACGCUGGACAAUAGCUCAACAGUACGCAUGGCUUCCACCAGUGCAUUGCAGCGGUUGGUGAGCACCGCCCUGCUCCUGUCCAUCGGAGCUUUUCGGGGUGCGCUCAUGAUGAUCAGCGUCGCUCUUCAAGUCCUAUUGAAAGGAAAGUGUGUCUUGGAACCCAAGGAACGCCGCGAGGAGCCCGAGUGCCUGCGGGACCCGGCGUUGGGCUCCCACGAGUUUGUCACGCUGGAGGAUGUGACGUUGCACUACGUGUCGGCCGGAAGCAGAGACAAGCCGCUGGUACUGCUCUUGCACGGCUUCCCGGACUUCUGGUUUUCCUGGAAGUGCCAGAUACUAGACCUCAAGAAGGACUUUUGGGUCGUUGCUCCGGACCUCCGUGGUUAUGGCCAGUCGUCAAAGCCCGCCAACGUCGAUGACUAUCAGACAUUUAAGCUCAUCGAAGACGUCCAUGGACUCGUCAAAUCGCUCGGCCGGAGCAAGGUGACGAUCGUCGGCCAUGACUGGGGUGCGGUGAUUGCCUGGUGCUUCGCCACGAAGCACGAAGACAUGGUGGAAAAGCUAAUCAUCGUCAAUGGCCCGCAUCCCAUGGCCAUGCAGCACCAGCUUCACAACAGCCUCGACCAGAUCGUCAAGUCAUGGUAA